GGCUGAGAUCAUGGCCAAUGGUAUUGACGAGCUCAUCGGCAUCCCCUUCCCCAACCACAGCAGCGAGGUCCUGUGCAGCCUCAACGAGCAGCGGCAGGACGGCCUGCUGUGCGACGUGCUCCUGGUGGUGCAGGAGCAGGAGUACCGCACGCACAGGGCCGUCCUGGCGGCCUGCAGCAAGUACUUCAAGAAGCUCUUCACGGCCGGCACCCUAGGCAGCCAGCCCUACGUCUACGAGAUCGACUUCGUGCAGCCUGAGGCGCUGGCCGCCAUCCUCGAGUUCGCCUACACGUCCACACUCACCAUCACCGCCUCCAACGUCAAGCACAUCCUCAACGCCGCCCGGAUGCUGGAGAUCCAGUGUAUCGUCAACGUGUGCCUGGAGAUCAUGGAGCCCGGAGGGGACGGCGGCGAGGAGGAUGACAAGGAGGACGACGAUGAGGAGGAGGAGGAUGAAGACGACGAGGAAGACGAAGAGGAGGAGGAGGAAGAGGAGGAGGAGGACGAUGAGGACACGGAGGACUUCGCGGACCAGGAGAACCUGCCAGACCCCCAGGACAUCACCUGCCACCAGAGCCCUUCCAAGCCGGACCACCUGACUGAGAAGGCUUACUCGGAUGCGCCCAGGGACUUCUCCGACUCCUUCCAGGCCGGCAGCCCUGACCACCUGGGGGUGAUCCGGGACUUCUCCAUCGAGUCCCUGCUGAGGGAGAACCUGUACCCCAAAGCCAACAUCCCCGACAGGAGGCCCUCCUUGUCUCCUUUCACCCCGGACUUCUUCCCACACCUCUGGCCAGGGGACUUUGGUGCCUUCGCCCAGCUGCCCGAGCAGCCCCUGGACAGUGGACCCCUGGACCUGGUCAUCAAGAACCGGAAGAUCAAGGAGGAGGACAAGGAGGAGUUGCCCCCGCCCCCACCCCCUCCCUUCCCCAACGACUUCUUCAAGGACAUGUUCCCAGACCUUCCUGGGGGGCCGCUGGGCCCCAUCAAGGCUGAGAACGACUAUGGUGCCUAUCUCAACUUCCUGAGCGCCACCCACCUGGGGGGCCUCUUCCCGCCCUGGCCGCUGGUGGAGGAGCGCAAGCUAAAGCCCAAGGCCUCCCAGCAGUGUCCCAUCUGCCACAAAGUCAUCAUGGGAGCCGGGAAGCUGCCCCGGCACAUGCGGACCCACACUGGGGAGAAGCCGUACAUGUGCAGCAUCUGCGAGGUCCGCUUCACCAGGCAGGACAAGCUGAAGAUCCACAUGCGGAAGCACACGGGGGAGCGGCCCUAUCUGUGCAUCCACUGCAACGCCAAGUUCGUGCACAAUUACGACCUUAAGAACCACAUGCGCAUCCACACCGGCGUGCGGCCCUACCAGUGCGAGUUCUGCUACAAGAGCUUCACGCGCUCCGACCACCUGCACCGCCACAUCAAGCGCCAGAGCUGCCGCAUGGCCAGGCCCCGCCGCGGCCGCAAGCCCGCUGCCUGGAGGGCUGCCAGCCUGCUGUUCGCGCCCGGAGGCCCGGCCCCCGACAAGGCGGCCUUCGUGGUGCCGCCCGCGCUGGGCGAGGUGGGCGGCCACCUGGGCGGCGCAGCCGUGUGCCUGCCGGGCCCCGGGCCCUCCAAGCACUUCCUGGCGGCGCCCAAGGGCGCGCUGAGCCUGCACGAGCUGGAGCGGCAGUUCGAGGAGACGCAGAUGAAGCUGUUCGGGCGAGCGCAGCUGGAGGCCGAGCGGAACGCGGGGGGCCUGCUGGCCUUCGCGCUGGCCGAGAACGUGGCUGCGGCGCGGCCCUACUUCCCGCUGCCUGACCCGUGGGCCGCAGGCCUGGCCGGUCUCCCCUCGCUCGCGGGCCUCAACCACGUGGCCUCCAUGUCCGAAGCCAACAACUAG